UGGAAUCAGUGAAUUUCAAGGUGAUUGGACCUGAUCAUCCCAUCAUGGCCUCUGCAGGUGAAGAUGCCCUGUUACCCUGUCACCUCUUCCGUAACACAAGUGCUCAGAAGAUGGAGGUGCGCUGGUACCGAUCCAAGUUCUCUGAACCUGUCCACCUGUAUCAGAAUGAAAAAGAUCAGGCUGAGCAGCAAAUACCAAAUUAUCAGGGCAGAACAGAGCUGCUGAAGGAUGGUAUUGUGGAUGGAAGCGUUGUCCUGCGUAUACGCAACAUCACCCCCUCUGACCAUGGGCAGUUUAUCUGUUUCUUCCGAUCAAGCAGAUUUUAUGCGGAAGCCACUCUGGAACUGAAGGUGACAGCUAUCCACUCACACAUAGAAGAAGCAUUGGUGGAUCUUUGUGACACAAAGACAUUUUCUACUCUCGAUCUACAGAAUGCAUAUCACCAAGUUAUACUACAGGAGGACAGAGAGAUCUCACAGCAUUAUUACACUUGAGGAUCUAUUCCACUUGAAACAUGCACCAUACGGACUUGUAUUGGCACCCAGCAUUUUCCAAAGAAUAAUGUCAGUGAUUCUGAAGAAUCAGCCUGGAGUCCAGUAUUAUUUGGAUGAAAUUAUUGUGUUUGGGAAGACUUGCGAGGAACAUGGAAAACAUUUCCAUGCAGUACUAAAUAGGGUGACCAGACAGCAAGUGUGAAAAAUCAGGACAGGGGGUGGGGGUUAAUAGGAGCCUAUAUAAGAAAAAGACUCAAAAAUCGGGACGGUCCCUAUAAAAUCGGGACAUCUGGUCACCCUAGUACUAAACCACAUCAAAACUGCAGGGCUGAAACUGAAUUUCACCAAAUGCCAAUUCUGACAAACAGAGUUGUUAUUUCUGGGGCACAUAAUUUUGGAGACUGGAUUGAAACCUGACCUGGACCACAUCAUGGUGGUUAAAAACCACCACCUCCAAGAGACACACAAACCUUACAUGCUUUCUUAGUUUUUAUGUCAUGGUAUGCCAAGUUUAUUCUGAACAACACUUCAGUCACCAUUACAAACAUACUCCAGGGAAUCUCGAGCUUGGCCUGGAUGACUGUUGCACAAGUUGUUUUGAAACAGUGAAAGAUUUGAUUGAAAAUAGUCCAGCACUUGCAUUGUUUGACCCUGCCUCAGACUACAGACUGUGAGCAACACUUACUCAAAUCCAGGAUGACAACAUGGAGGACACUGUUGCAUUUGCUUGAAGAACACGUACAGAAGCUGAGAGGAAGUAUUCAUCUGUUGAAAAGAAAGCACUUGCUUGCUAUGGACUAUGGAAAAAUGGAGAACUUAGCUCUGGGGCCAGACUUUCAAGUCGCAUACAGAUCAUAGCUCUUUGACGACACUGUUAACUUCUAAAGGACUUGGAUGAGUGGGAGGCCAGAUUGCUAGAUGGUCAGCAAGACUACUGUCUUUCAUGUAUGUCACAGAAUAAAGGCUGGGAAUUCAAAAUGUGA